CGAAAAAAUAUCUGCUAUCUAUUAUCAUAAUCAAUUAUCUUCGCAAAAGUAUUGUUUCUUGAAAGAAGAAAAGAUAUGGCGUCCGAGAACACAACUGCUGCUGAUACCGCUCCUACCAAAUUGUACACGCGGAAGGAAGUUGCUGAACACACUGAUAGCAACGAUCUGUGGAUUAUCAUUAACAAUAAAAUCUACAAUUUGUCUUCAUUUCUCAGUGAGCAUCCUGGCGGAGAAGAAGUUCUUUUGGAACAGGGUGGCCAAGAUGGAACUCAACCUUUCGAGGAUAUUGGUCAUUCUAGUGAUGCCAGACAGAUGAUGGAAUCAUACAAAAUUGGAGAACUCGUAGAGGAGGAGAGAACAAAGGGAAAUGCCUCUGGAUCUAGUGCUUUGUACGGAGAAGAUAAUUCCAGUGGUUCUUGGAGGUCAUGGCUGAUUCCUAUUGCACUUGGGGUACUGGCAACUCUUGUCUACCGUUAUUUUAUCAAAGCACACUGAAUCAUUCCCGCUAUUUAUUUUUUUAGUAAUUUGUAUUAUACAUACAUAAUUGUUGUGGAUAAUUAAUCAAAGGAUAUUAUGUAUGUUGCACAUUAUUACAAUUUUUUUAUGUCACGAAAUUGCACAUACAAGCGGGCCUAGCGCAAAAACAUUUACAAGAUAUGAAAGUUCAUU